AUGCUUUUGGGGCGAUGUGCGGGCGCAUCUCUCGUUCAUUUGGCCACCCUUGCCCUGCUUGCGGCUGGAGAAGCGGCACGGGAGCACUCACCGCCACUAUGCCUGGCAAGGGGCUGGCGGGAUACUGAGGCCGAGUUUAUUCGGUGGCCUGUCUGCAUCGAGACCCGAUGGAGUAGGGCAGGAACUACGGUCACUGGGGGACCUUCUGUUACGGUGUCAACUAUUUCAGAGAGUUCGUCGCCGACCAGCAUCGCCAGCCCUGCGACUGAACAACAACACCCUGGUCAGGAGCAAGAGCUGGACACAGAUUCGCCCCUCGAUAACGCCAAGUUCCUAUCCUUUGAAGAUUGGAAGAAGCAGAAUCUAGCAAAGGUUGGCCAGUCGGCGGAGAAUGUAGGGGGAAACCGGCGUAGUGGGGUGGCAGGGAACGAGAGCCGACGACGGCCUACAGGGAUCAGCAACGCGCUGGAUUCGCUGGGAGAAGACGCGGAGAUCGAACUUGACUUUGGUGGAUUCGGGGCUGACGCGCCAGAGGCCGCGCAACCGCCGUCGUUUGGCUCGGGGGUUCACAUGGGAGAAAGCGCGGGGUCGAUUGAUAGCGGACUUGGUGGAGAUGGGAGUGCCCCAUCUCCUGGAGUUCUAGGCAGCUCGCGCAGGAAAGACGCUGGGACUACGUGCAAGGAGCGCUUCAAUUACGCCUCCUUUGACUGCGCUGCUACGGUGCUCAAGACCAACCCCGAGUGUCAGGGCUCGUCUUCCGUACUGAUUGAGAAUAAAGACAGCUACAUGUUAAAUGAAUGUCGGGCUAAAAAUAAGUUUCUGAUUCUCGAGCUGUGCGACGAUAUCCUGGUGGACACUGUGGUUCUUGCAAACUACGAGUUCUUCAGUUCCAUCUUUCAUACCUUCCGGGUCAGCGUCUCGGAUCGAUACCCCCCAAAACCGGACCAGUGGAGAGAACUGGGGAUUUUUGAAGCCAGGAAUACCCGCGAAGUUCAAGCUUUCGCGGUGGAGAACCCGUUGAUCUGGGCUCGGUAUCUGAAGAUUGAGUUUCUGACGCACUACGGAAACGAGUUCUACUGCCCUCUGAGUCUCAUACGCGUCCAUGGGACGACUAUGCUGGAGGAAUACAAGCAUGAUGGCGAGGCUAGUCGAGUUGACGAUGAGAUUGUCGACGUGACUUUGGAGCCGGACCAUGCCGCCACUGACGCGGAGAUUGCAGAGCCAUCCGAAAAUCCGUCUGACGUUGGUGCGGAAACUCGCGAAGGCACGGGCAAGAAAGUGCAGGCUCAACCCCAGGUUACCUGCCCGAACCCAGCACAAGGGCUGGAGAGGCUUCUGGCAAAUUAUGUAGAUUCUGAGACAUGCAGUGCGCAGGAUACACCGACGAGACCUGCUGGCCAGGAAAGAACUGACGCAGCUGUCCAACAUGACUCGUCUUCGAGGGACACCACGCCACCAGGACCCGAGGACUCUGUGCCUAUCGUACCCGGUGCAGGUGAUGGUACCAAAGACGCACCCGAUGCUCGACGAGCUGCUGGACAGUCCGGAGCUGACGGCACCCCUUCUCCCGCUUCGACAGCCACCAUAUCUGAGCCUGUGCAGCACGAUACCACGUCGGAAGCAGACCAGAAAUCUACAGCCUCAUCCCAGGAAGAACAAGUUUCUUCAGUAGACUCAACCAAAUUUUCCGCAACUCAACCACCAUCACCUAACCCGACUACGCAAGAGUCGUUUUUCAAGUCUGUCAACAAGCGGCUGCAGAUGCUGGAGUCGAACUCGACUUUGUCUCUUCUAUACAUCGAGGAGCAGUCACGUAUACUGCGUGAUGCGUUUAGCAAAGUCGAGAAGCGCCAGCUGUCGAAAACCUCUACCUUUCUCGAAAAUCUGAAUGUGACUGUUUUGAAUGAACUGAGACAGUUCCGCGAACAGUAUGAUCAGGUUUGGAAGACGGUUGCGUUGGAGUUUGAAACCCAGCGCAUCCAAUAUCACCAGGAGAUAUUCUCCUUGAGUGCGCAGCUGGGUGUCCUGGCAGAUGAACUUGUCUUUCAGAAGCGGGUCGCUGUGAUUCAAAGCAUCAUGGUCCUCUUCUGCUUUGGCUUGGUCUUGUUUUCUCGGGGUGCAGUGAGCAGCUAUAUGGAGUUCCCCAGCGUGCAAAACAUGGUGUCUCGAUCCUACAGUUUACGAUCGUCAUCUCCACCAUUUAGCUCGCCCUCCAUGAGUCCCAGUUCUACCAGGCCGACGUCGUCAUAUCGAGGCGGUAACAGGAGGAAUAUUACGGACGACACGCAGGAUAGUGCGCCGAGCCCGACUAUCGCAUACUCGCCGCCAACACCAACCUCAGAGACAUCAGCACCAUUUGAGUCAAUAGAGAAACGAGAAUCAUCGCCAACCCCUGGCGAUCUUGAAUUGCCAAACAUCGAACCUCCCCAGUUCCGGUCGCAAAGCAGCCCUCCCGUCUUGAAAGGCAGCGAAGACACUGAUGAUGGGGAUUCAGAGGCGUCUGGAUCCACGGAGGCGUGA